AUGGCGGAUGCUCAUUCGCUCGGUGAUAAAGAUCAGAGUGUUGUUUCCCUUGCUGUUGGUCUCUUGGCUCCUGCUGCUCCUCCCACUGUUCCUCCUCCUGCUGGUGCUGCUGGUGAAGGUGGUGCUGCUGGUGCUGGUUCAGCCACACCAGCUGCUCCCUUCCUGUCUUGUUCCGGGCAUUUCUCACAGCUGAGACACCAAGCGCGGGCUCGAACCCGCGUCUUCAACAGCAAGUCUGGCGAUUUCAGCGGCAGUCAUGGAGACGGAGCGAUGGCGAUGGCGAGCAAGCAGGGGCUUGCGGUGGGACUGCAAGGGGUGGAGAACGGUGCACAUGUGGACAGAGGAAACGUGGUUUUAUGCACUGCCUUGACUGCCAGCGGGGGGUCCUCCAUCAGCAUCUCGUCGAGCAGCAUCGAGCCGCCUCGCGACUUGCGCCGCUCCUUUCCCGGCGCGCUUCCGCGUGCGGCGGCGACUCCCGCCGACGACGGCACAAGGUCCGCAGUUGACGCUCUGGGCAAGUCCGAAGCGAGUGGGGGCUCAGAGGCGGACGGUAAUGGGAAAGUGGAGGACCUCGGUGUGACUGGCCGCUCUGUCGCUGCUGUUGCCGCCAUGGCCAUCGCUCCUGAGGCUAAUUCGUCCCAUCCUGGGAAUAUUCAUUCGACCGCACGAUGUGGUAUUUUCAGGCCAGAAUUUACAAGUAGCCUCAGCUCUCGCUUCGAGAAUUUGCGAGAGCCAGCGAGCAGGUCGUUGAAUCGCAUCAUGGCAAGCGGCUCACAACUUUUGAAGGAGCUAAAUCUAAAGGUGCAGGAACUGCAAGUGGCCUGUGCUGAGCUUUCCUCUCUGCCCUCUGGCCGGUACGCUCAAGGAAAAGAAGCAAGAGGAGCUCUCAAGAUUUCCCCAGCCGCCACGUGGCAACCACCCCACCCUUGGCGCAACAGCGACGCGGCAGACUCCUCCUUUUCCCGCGCGAAUCACAACUUCCCAUUCCCGCAAGCCCUCGGCGCAACCUUCUUCCCCGCAUUCUCCACCGUCCGAUUUCUCGAGCAUUUCCUAGAUUCGCAUCCAGACCGUCCGCUCGCCGGCAUGGCUCCGUCGUCGCACGUGGUCAUCGCGAGCGUUACCGUGUGCGCGGUCGUCGCGAUUGGGGUGUGCUAUCUGUGCAUGCGGAAGAAACGGAGAGACGGUGACGGGUACGACGGGCCUAGCCAGUCAUCUUCGGCUACCGGUGCAGCUGGAGGUGCAGCCGCCGGUAAUGGCGAGACUCGCGUGCCGCUUCUAUUUUCUCAGGACUGGGGGGACGAGAACGAGGACAUAGAGCAGCAGUCCUUCCCGCCCUCCCAACCCUCCGCCUCCGCGGACCAGCAAGCAGCGGCGGAAGCAGAGGCAGCAGAGGCAGCGCGGGCAGCACGGCAGAAGCAGUGGGAGGAGGAGCGGAGGCAGGCAGAAGCAGAGGCGGCAGAGGAGGUAGCAGCGGCUGCUGCUGCUGCGAAUAAACGCGCGCGGAAGGAGGGAGGGGGAAGGCAGGGAAGGGUGAAGUUUGGCGAGUCGACUGUGAGAGAGUAUGAUGCUGGGGAGGGGGCGGAUGGGGAGGGGGACGCAGAGGCUGCUGCUGCUUCUGCUGCUGCUGUUGCUGCUGCUGCUGUCCCUGAUGCUGCAGCUGCUGCAAAGAAGAAGGCUGCUAGAAGGGAAGGCGCCACGCUGGUGCUGGAGGUGAUCAGUGGGCCGGCAUCGGGCAGCCGACUGGUGCUGAAGAAUGAGAAGCUGGAGCCGUGGCCGUCCGCCACCAUAGGGCGGGUGAAGGCCAACGAUCUUCAGCUGAACGAUGGGGAGGUGUCCAGCAAGCAUGCCUACGUCACCUGGAAUGCUCUGUCGGGGCGGUGGGAGGUGGUGGACCGUGGGUCGCUGAACGGCACGCUGCUGAACGACGAGGCCAUCAACGCAGAGGCGGACGACGAGGGCGAGCGCACGGAGGGGCGGCCGUGCCAGCUGGCUGACGGGGAUGUGAUCACGUGCGGGUCGCAGUCACGCAUCCUGGUGCGACUACUGGCGGACACGAGUAAAGUCGAGCGGCCGUGCCCCGAUGCCCCGUGUGACAUCGCCAUUGCAGCCGACCCCAUGCGGGCACGCAAGGGGGGGAAGCCGCUGCCCAUGGAGGAUGUGCCCCUGUGCGAGUGGCCGCUCAGAGGAUUGCAAGAUAUGGGCAUCUGCUGUGUGUUCGACGGGCAUGCGGGCAGGCAGUGCGCCGACAACGUCAAGAGAAUCUUCCCUGAAAAACUGUCCCAGGAGCUGCUGAAAGGGGGCAAGCACGUGGUGGUGCGCAUGAGCUGCAACGCGACCGACGUGCUGCGAGCAGCCUUCAAGGCGACAGAAGAGGAGCUCAAUAACGAGGAUGAGGGCUGCACCGCCACCGUGCUGCUCGUGUGGCGGGCGUUCCAACCGCCCCACCGUGUGUGGGUGCAGGCUGCGAAUCUCGGGGACUCGCACUGCGUGCUGGGCCUGGGCAGUGCGAGCGAGGAGGGCGUGGUGCAGAUGACAGAGGACCACCGGCUCACAGGGCCCGUGGAGAAGGGACGCCUCGCGUCCAUUGGCAAGCCCAUGCGCGACGGGGACACGCGGCUGUGCGGCAUGAACAUAGCGCGUGUGUUUGGGGACAAGUUCCUGAAGCAGCAGGACGUGGGGCUGUCCUCGGACCCAUUCAUCCAUGCACCCCUGCAGCUGCCCGUGCCAGAAGAGGGGGGGACGAGCAAGCCAGUCAUUGGCGUCAUUGCCAGUGAUGGUUUAUGGGACGUGAUGUCAGUCAAGCGAGCCAUUCAAGUGGCACUAGAGGCCCCGAUACUAUCACAACCGUUUGCGAUCUCGCACCGCCUUCUCACAACCGCUUCAAGUAGCGCAGUCGGCGGCGGCGGCGGCGAUGGCGGCGGGUUUGGCGGAGACUCGAGAUCCGAUUCGCGUAUCGGAUCUUCGAGCCGCGUGGUCUCCGCGAGGGAGGUUUCUGGGGGCGCGGACGCGGGGGGUGGGAUCUCGGAACGCGAAAGCGCGGAGCUGAAGCUUCGCGGAAGCAGCGCAGAUGUUGACGAGGACGAGGAGACGGAUGACGUGGACGAGCGGACGAACGAGCUUCCGGCACACGCGCUAGCUAACGCCGACGCGAUCAGCGCUGACGUGGCAGAGCUGACGUCAGCGUUGGAGGAGGAAGAAGCAGGGUUAGGGUUACACCCUGAGUUAGACGUCGAGGGUUUAGAGCAUAUAAUCGACAUGGGAAGGCGGCUCGAGGGCAUGCCGCGGCGCGUGCAGCGAUUCAUGUUCGAGAAGAUGCUUAAAGUGAAGCCGGGCCGACCGCCGUCCAUGCAGCGACUGAAACGGCAAUUUCAGAUGCGCAUAGUUGAUGUUAACCGCACUGCCAAGGUCACCAAGGGAGGCAAGGUGUUGAGUUUUACAGCGCUGGUGGUGUGUGGGAACGGGCAAGGCACGGUGGGGUAUGGCAAGGGCAAGUCGGCUGAAAUGGGGCUCGCGGUUGAUAAGGCCUACCUGCGGGCGCUGAGGAAUCUGCACUACUUUGAUCGAUUCAGAGGGCGAACGAUUGCCGAACCGCAGAUGGCGAAGUACGGCAAGACAAAGGUAUACAUGUGGCCCGCACGCAAGGGCUCGGGCAUGAGUGCAGGGAGCACGCUGGCCGGCAUUCUCAGACUCGCGGGUUUCCAGGCUGUCAAGACCAAGGUGAUUGGCUCGCGCCAUCCCCACAACACCGUGAAAGCAGCCUUCCAAGCUCUCAGCAUGGUAACAGCCAAAGCAGAAACUAGCCAGAUGCAGCCACUUCAUAUCUCGGCCUGA